GCAGCCAUUUUGGAAGAGGGCUUUGCAGCUGUGAGGAAGCCUGGGGAGAGCAGAGGGUCUUUCUCCCCAAUCCGUGGGACUUCCGCAGCUCCUUAUGGAAUGCGAGGGGCCAGAUUUCCUCUGUUGUUCAAACUUUAAUCAUGACUUCUGCAGAAACUUCAGUGCUGUGAAUUUCACUGACCCUGAUGAAAAAGGAGAGGGAAACAAGGCUACUUCUCUUGCUGGCUGUGCUUUGUGGUGGAGUAAACAGUAGCGUUGUGCUGCAGAAAAUGUAUGGGAGGAUCACAUCUCCUAACUUCCCCAAUACCUACCCAAAUCACAAGGAGAGAACGUGGAAUGUUACUGUCCCCAGAGGAUACGCUGUCCGCAUCUACUUCACCCACUUCAACCUGGAGCUGUCCUACCAGUGUGAAUACGAUUACGUGAAGCUAAGCUCCAGUGGGAAGACCUUGGCUACACUAUGCGGACGGGAUAGUACUGACACCGAGGAGGCUCCAGGCAACAAAACAUACAUCUCUAUUGACAACACCCUCAUGGUUGUAUUUCGAUCUGACUACUCCAAUGAGAAGCCGUUCACAGGCUUUGAGGCCUUCUAUGCUGCUGAAGAUAUUGAUGAGUGCAAACAGCUGUUUGAUGGUGAGCCCCUCUGCAAUCAUUACUGUCACAACUAUGUCGGGGGCUACUAUUGCAGCUGUCGGAUUGGCUACAUACUGCAUGAAAACAAGAGGACGUGCACAGCCCAGUGUCAGAACCAAGUUUUUACUCAGAGAACUGGAGAAAUUGCCAGCCCUGACUAUCCAGCACCUUAUCCCCCAUUCAGCACCUGCAGCUACAAUAUCCAGGUAGAAGAUGGCUUUCUGAUCACAUUGGAAUUCGUGGAGACCUUUAAUGUGGAGACACACCCCGAGGUGCUGUGCCCCUACGAUGUACUCAAGAUUGAAACACACAAAAAGCAGUUUGGCCCGUUCUGUGGAAAGACUUUGCCUGCAAAAAUUGAGACACAGACUAAUGUUGUAAAUAUUACUUUCAUAACUGACAUGUCAGGAGCACACACUGGAUGGAAGGUGAAAUACACAGCAGCAGGUUUGCCGUGCCCCAGUCCUGAAGCACCACCCUAUGGCCGCAUCGCACCAGUGCAAGCACAGUACACCGUGGGUGACCACUAUGUGCUCUCUUGCGACAUUGGAUACGUGCUACUUGAAAAUGAAAAUGUUGUGAUGUCUUUUGUAGCAGAAUGUCAAAAGAAUGCUUCUUGGAACAAACCAAUGGCAAAGUGCAUCAUUGUUGACUGCGGCCAGCCUGAGGACAUAGACAGUGGUGCCAUUAUGUACCUCACAGGGCCUGAGAAGACAACCUACGGCGCUGCCAUUCAGUACCAGUGUGCAGCCCCCUUCUACACCAUGAGGGCUAACAGCAGCGGUAAAUAUAUAUGCAGUGAUGAUGGAUUUUGGAAGAACACCAGGGGAGAAAUAACACUGCCUGUGUGUGAACCAGUUUGUGGGAUGCAAAGAACUGGAGCUGUAGAACGUAUUUAUGGAGGAAGGAGAGCCAACCCUGGACAAUUUCCAUGGCAAGUGAUGUUAAUUACUGAGCAUGGAGAAUUAGGAGGUGGUUCACUUUUGUAUGACAGCUGGGUUUUAACAGCUGCUCAUGUUGUAGCUGAGCAAAGAAAUCCCUCAACUUUAAAGAUUAAAUUGGGGAUUUUGAACAAAUAUUCAGUUCACUAUGAGGAAGUCCAGGCAGAAAGAAUUUUUAUUCAUGAAGGUUACAGAAAUGAUCUUGUCAAUUUUGACAAUGAUAUUGCAUUGAUUAAAUUGGAACAUAAAGUCCCAAUGAGUACCACUAUCUCACCCAUUUGUUUACCUGGAAAAGAAGAAAGAUUUCAAAUGAAAGCCGAUGACAUAGUAACUGUAUCGGGUUGGGGAAGAACUGAGACCAGGAGCUCUUCCGUGGUACUGCUGUACACUGAAUUGAUGAUUAUCAACCAAAAAGAGUGUACAGAUGCAUAUGCAAAUAAAUCACACAACGGCAAUCCUCUUGUGGUAACAGAAAACAUGCUGUGUGCUGGAGUUGAGGAAGGGGGCAGAGAUGCCUGCCACGGGGACAGCGGAGGGCCACUCGUGCUCUUGGAUGUUCAGACCAGAAAAUGGUUUGUUAUUGGUGUUGUGUCCUGGGCUUUAGACUGCGCUGUGGCAGGGCAGUAUGGGGUCUAUACAAGAGUAACAAGUUAUAUUCCUUGGAUUGAAAGCAUCAUUACAAAUAACUCCUAG